GGAUUUGACAUCACCCCUGCGCUGGCAUGGAGAACCCCGUCAUUGUCUACUGAUCAGCCACUUCAAUCCUCCGUGUUCAUUGACCGACUUGUACGCUUUACAACAUGUCUCCUGCGACUUUUUCACGAGAAGGCAGGUCCGAGAAUCAUCAUGCCCCUCGAGAUUCUCUAGAGCUCGCCUCUCUUGCGUCCUCUUCGCCCGACUCCGCAGGUAGAUCUUCCCGCUCCUCGUCACCCUCCGGCAUCUCCUCGUCGCGCAAGCUCUCUCUUGAGGGUCAAGACCCUCUUUCCGAGUCCCAUUUCGACGCAAACCUCGAAUCAGGACGAUCGAGGUCAGGCCGAUCAUACUCCAUAUCCUCCGCGUUUGAUUUCGGGAGAACGCUAUUUCCCUUGUCGCAGACGGCAGGGGGUUACGCUCCCUUAGGUGCCCCGUCGGCGCUUGACCGACAAGGUGGAAUCAUUGAUGGAUCGUUGGAAAGGAACAAGACCCUAACAUAUCUGAAUGGGCUGUCACUCAUCAUUGGUUUGAUUAUUGGCUCGGGGAUAUUCUCCUCUCCGAGCCAGGUCAAUGCCAAUGCGGGGUCCCCCGGUGCGUCGCUCAUUGUGUGGGCCGUUGCCGGGUUGCUUGCAUGGACGGGUGCUGCCAGCUAUGCAGAGCUCGGAGGCGCGAUCCCUCUAAAUGGUGGAUCUCAGGUAUAUCUUGCGAAAAUCUUCGGGGAGUGGGCGGGCUUUCUUUUCACCUGGUGUGCCGUCCUGGUGCUGAAGCCUGGAAGCGCUGCCAUCAUCGCCAUCAUAUUCGGUGAAUAUGUGGUUCGCGCGGUAGUGGGUGCAGAUGCUGAAAUGGUUAACCCGUGGAUCAACAAGGGUGUUGCUUUCGCUGGGCUUUUUGUCAUAGGCCUGAUGAACUGCAUCUCCACCAAGGUUGUCACUCGCAUUGGUGACAUUUUCAUGUUCUUCAAGUUCAUCGCUCUAAUUGGAGUCACCGUCACCGGAAUCGUGGUAGCCAUAACAGGGCUUUCUUCGAAUGGCAGUGCGAACAAGGAAUGGAAAACAGGUUGGUUUGAAGGCACCAACACAGACAUCUCCGGCUUUGCUGUGGCACUGUACGGGGGUCUGUGGGCGUUUGACGGUUGGGACAACACAAACUAUGUGACGGGCGAAUUCAAAAACCCGAAUCGCGAUCUCCCGCGUGUGAUUCACACGGCCAUGCCUUUGGUCAUUCUCUGUUAUCUACUCGCAAAUGUUUCUUACUUUUUGGUUCUGCCUCACUCCACGAUUGAAGCAAGCAACACGAUUGCCGUCCAGUUUGGAGAUAAAGUGUUUGGGUCGGUUGGCGCUCUGAUACUCGCCCUGGUGGUUUCUGCGAGCUGUCUAGGCAGUCUGAAUGCCACCAUUUUCACCAGCGGAAGACUGGUCUACGCUGCUGGUAAAGAAGGCUAUUUGCCCGAGAUAUUUGGAAACCUCGGAAUUGGUGGCUCCUCUAACCCAGCAAGCAAUCGAUUGCAGCGUCGAUCUUGGGCCAAUAAAUCUAUAUCUCUCUUGUUUGGGGAUGAAAGCCAAAUCGGAUACACACCCAUCAACGCCAUGGCCCUGAACGGUGUGCUUAUCGUGACAUAUGUCAUCCUCGGCGAAUUCAAGACCCUUGUCACUUUCUACGGUGUUGCCGGGUAUACAUUCUACUUCCUAACUGUGCUCGGUCUGAUUGUGUUGCGGAUCCGGGAACCACAUCUAGAACGACCCUACCGAACCUGGAUCACGACACCUAUUAUCUUCUGCUGCGUCAGCCUUUUCUUGCUCAGUCGCGCCAUCAUCGCAGAACCGUUGCAGACGCUGAUCGUUGUGGCUUUCAUUGUCGCUGGUGUGCCCGUUUACUUCUGGCGUAUACAUCAACGGGAUGGCAGACUCACGUUCCCUGGCUGGAAGUUUUGGCAAUUCCGCUGGUCUAGAUGAUUUCAGCGAUGAUCGCCAUUCCCCCUUUUCCUUCUUAUUAAACUAUUAUUAAAAUCUUGAAUGUCGCACAUGAAUCGAUACCCAUGCAUAUAAUCCGGGUGUAUGAUGAAAACGGAGCUUACAGCGUUGCUUUUUUUUGUUUGCCUUUGCGUCAUUGGCAUAUGAUGAUCCGGGCAAUUGGUUGACGUUGUUUUCCAUGAGAGGUGACAUCUUCGUCUAUAUAUGUCUUACCGGAAAGUAAUAUAAGAUUCAGUCCAGUUCAAUAAUAAUAAUUAAUCAUUAAUAUCUGUUAAAAGUGCUUUUAUAUUGUGUAUUCUGCGAAUUAUACACUCUCAUUCCCCAGGCCAUCCCACACAUUCGCAUGUACAAGA